AGACUCAGGCAGCUAAAGCAAGUCUGGGACGCCAGAGAAAACUCUUCAGAAAACAGCAGCCGCCGAAAGCAACAGAACAGGAGCUGGCGGCGUGGUGAGGAGGAUAUUCUCUGAGUCAUAUCAUUGCCUUAUGUCUCAUGUCAGUUUCUGGUCUUAUCGUCACCUGGGGCAACAAAUCAUAGCUUGAUAUUCGCACGAGUAACUUAACUGUAUGGAGUUAUAAUGGAAACAUGUAACUUAAUGUCUAUCAAUGUAUAAAGAUGUAUGUGAAAUCCAGUUCAGCGCGUGUGCAAUUUUUAAGCUAUUUGUAUUGUGAUUGAACGUGUCAUUUUUAAUAUUAAAUUAUUUUCAUAUGUAGUGAUUUAGGAAUGGAUAGUGAUGAGUUGAUCUAUGCAGUGGAAAACCUUUUAAAUGCUAGACUAUACUUAACAAAACCCAAAAAGAGGUUGCCUACAAAGAAGAUUUAUUUUGCUGUACAUUUUGAAGUCUAAAGUAUAUGCCAAUUAAUAAAGUUAUUUUCUCCAUAUUUUGUUACACUGUAAUCGCCUUUCAUUUUUGCUGCAUGUAAUAACUGAAUAUUGACACACCUUAUUAAUGCUGUUAAUGCUGAAACAAUGUACUGUCUUUAUAUUCCGGCCUACUUCCUAGUGGCAGUGAUUGUAUGUAUUUGUCAUGAAACAUAGAAAAAUAUAUUAUUAAGCUAUUAUAGCUUACUGAGAUUCUGUAUUAUUUAUAAUUGUGUGGGCUGGAUUGUUAUUUUAGGCCUAUUGUUUAUUAUGAUGAUGAUGAUGCUAUACGAUAAAUGGAAUGUUAUCGAUGUGGAAGGUAGUGAGGUACAACUUGGACGUGGACUUUGAAGGAUUGCUUAAACAGUUCUAUCAUGGCUUUACAUCAAUACGCAUCAUAAAAUACAUGCUUUAAGAAAUACAAUAUCAUUACACUCCGAUUGUAUGCCUUAUAGCCUACCUAUAAACAGAAGGUCGGGGAUAAAAUGUUCUUGUUUUCUCAGGUGCAAUGAGCCGUGUUUUGAAGGUAAAUAUUAUUUUCCUACGUGAAAUAGGACUUUGUGUUUGCAAAGAGGUAAAGAGGCGGAAAAGAGAGAGGAUCUGAACUGGUUUCCAUGUCAAACACUUAAAUUCUCCAUAGAAACUCUGAUCUUAACGCGGAAACUUUAUUAAACCUUGAUGGUGGAUUGAUAAGGCCGAAUUUCUCUCGCCUUCGUUUUAUUGUGGAGACCAGGGAGAGAUGACAGAGGUAAAUUGCUCUUUUAAUUAAAGCAAUGCACCAGAGGAAAUUGCUGUCUGAAUAUUGUCUCAGAGAUGGGGGUUCGUGACAGUUGCCUGGAAACUUCAAUCUGUCCCACAUUUAUUCCAGAUCACAGUUGUGAGAUAAAGUUUAAUAAAAAUCUUUGCCCGAAUGAAAUCCAACCCUUUCUUGAACAACAGCUACAAUGAGACAGAACUGCGGAGGAAACCUUAUGUUUAACAUGUAUCUCUCAGGUUCGUGCUUUUAUCCAACAGAAAAUCUGUUGAAAGAAAGCAAAGGUGCAUCCUGGAGUCCCAUUAAUACAGGAGUACAAAAAGGUAGUGGGCAGAUUCAGCUAUGGCAGUUUCUUCUCGAACUGCUGUCAGACAGCGCCAACAUGUCCUGUAUCGCCUGGGAAGGGACAAAUGGAGAAUUCAAGCUUAUUGACCCGGAUGAGGUGGCCAGGCGAUGGGGCGAGCGAAAAAGCAAGCCUAACAUGAACUAUGACAAACUGAGCCGUGCACUGCGUUACUAUUACGACAAAAACAUAAUGACCAAAGUUCAUGGGAAGCGAUACGCAUACAAGUUCGACUUUCACGGAUUGGCUCAGGUGUGUCACCCAUCAACAACAGAACAAGCUCUUUAUAAAUUUCAAAGUAAUUUUGCCCCGAUUCCCUUUUCCGGGAUUUCCAAGCUUAACCUUGUUGGUCCAGGCGUCGGUCCGUCAGGAUUCUCGUAUUGGCCAGGGUCGACACCGACUCUUUACCACAGCCACAAUCUCCAGCCCCCUGGAACAUUUGGUGCUGUGUCAGCCUCACACAUCAGUUGUGUCAACAACAUCAACAACCUGAAUAAUAUCAAUAACCACUACAAUUGACUCGUAUUAAUCAACAAAUAGCCUAACUAGUUUGAAAUGGCCACAUCAUAAUUCUCACAAUAUUAGAGUAGGUUUCUGAUUCAUUCAAACUCGCCACGAUUACACAAUGUCUUUAUUCAUUAAAAAAAUUAUCAUCACGUGCGCACACUCUGAAUUCUGAAAAGAGAAAUCAUACAUGUAAGGGGUCUCAUCUUGGUAGUAGUUUUAGAAUUUUAUAACGUAUAGAAGACCAGCCUGCGAAUAAUUGCCGGAUGAUUUUCUUCCUUUAAAUGUUUUCUUGCAAACACAUUUCUUAAAUACUAUGUUAAUGGGCCUUUGGGUAAAUCAUAAAAUUAAAUGACUUAUUUCAGAUACAAUUUAAAAUGUAAUAUUUUGUUUAAUCCCUUUCACGACAAGAAGCAGUGCCCUGUCAGUACACACGUUCUCGAACAUUACAGAAAAGAAUACCACAAAGAGGGCAGACGUCCGUAUUACCACGUCACAAACUCGUGUUGGUUCUAAAUAGCAUUUUUGUAUCUGAACGUUCUAAAACGUUAAGUGUACGUGCCCCUGGUGUAUAAAAGAGCCUAUUAUGAAGCUUGGUGGCUUCAAGCGCCACCAAGUGGCUGUUAAUUUCACAUUUACUGAUUUUAUCUCAAGUAGGCUUGCUAUAGGUAAUUCUCAUAGUAGAGAUGUUUAUGUCUAAAACAUAAUAUAUAUAAUGUUGUAUCGUUGACAAUAUAUUCUCAGACGACGCCUUAAAUAGUCUUCUUUUUUUGUCGACAUUUAACCCGUAAUGUAGCCUACGUUGGUAGCACAUUACAAUGCGUCUCCUUUAGUUUGGGACAUACAUUUUGCGCACAGAUUUAACAUUUUUUACGCACAAAAACUUAAAUUGACCGAUCAAAUCUGAAACCACAAGAAAUUAUGUCUUAGAAGUUGUCAAUAUUAAAGGCUAUUAUAAUUCAGAAAAUGGUUUAAAAAUUAGGCAUUUAGUUUAUUAUCCCAUUAUUACAUAAUCGCAAACGGGGCAUGCAGACCUAUUGCCCUAUUGCCUGUAGAUGGUCAUGUAACACUUUUACAUAAAGGUAUUAAUUAAAUCGAAUUUGUUCUGUCGUUGUUUGAAGCAUACUGUAGCCAAAAAAAAACAUGUAAUUUAAUAAAUCAAGUGUUAUUUGUAAAUUGACGUUUUAUGUAAUUUCUUUCGGCUUAUUAACCAACUGUUAAGUGUGACCAAAUGAACAGCACUACAACUGUGGAAAUUCUAAUUUCUCACACCUAUGACGUCGAAGCUACCGAUUAUACCGAAAUUUAAUCGGGCCUACUGUAGUUGAGAUUAGUUACAUUUUGUGAAAUUAGGAAGUUAUAUUAUUUAAGUAGUCUAAAGAAAUUCUGGAAUAAUGACUGAAUGUAUGAAAAUGUGUUUUGGGUUCAUCAGUCAUGCUGGAAUUUGAAGUAUGAGAUGAUUUUCCAAGUGCACACCUUUUUGCUGAUGCUGAUGAUCUAUUAUGCCAUUCAGUAAAUUACAUGGUACAUUUCGCGCUGCAUUGUUUUCUUCCGAAUGGUGGUGCCUCUGCAUACAGCAUAUACUGUGUGCUUUACAUGUGCAAUUUGACAGAACUUUAUUUAAAAAAAAAACAGGAGUUCCAAGUGCUAUCCUG